ACAGUCGUUCUAUACGAUUUGCCGCUUGAUUAGAGCAGCAUUGGCAACAACAGCAGUGGUUGGUAUUUGUAGAGUAGCGGUGAUGGCAACAGCAGCGGGGGUGUGCACACCCCACUGUUAUAGUGCUGCCAUCGGCUGUUGCUGUUCGUUCGUUUCGGCUUGCAGCGCUGCGCUGCGUUACGCUUUGCACACCUCGUUUUUGCUUCGCUUUAGUUUGGUUAGCGCUUCGGCAAGAUUGAUUUUUGACUGGCUCAAACACUUAACACGAUCGUAGAGCGUAGAACGUCGCUUCGCUGAUCGCUCGCUCGCUCGCACGCUCGCAUGGUCGCUGGUUCGUUCGUGAGGUCGGCUAUGAGCUCUGACGCUUAUAAAAGUAGCAAGGACAUACGUCUGGGCCAUUAGUCGAAAUCUAUUAACGCACAACGCGAAGUCGUCUGAAUUUGGUGUUGGCGAGUGUUGAAAACAAUUCAUUCAUUAAUUAACAACUCAAAGAAAAUAAAAUAAAAUUUCAAGCGCGCUUUAUAAUCAAUUAAAAAAAUAUUAAAUACAGUAACGUGAAAUGAAAUUAUGUUUAAUUUUUUAAACAUUUUCAAUGAAUACAACACAGUAAAUAAGCGUCGGCUUUAAGAGUUUGUAAAAAUUACAAGAAAUCAAAUGCAUUAACGGACAUUUAAGCAAAAUAUGUUUACAAAAAUUAACAGCAAAGAAAAGUGUUAAAAUAUUUAAUGUGUUCAAGUAGAGAGUUUUAAGAGCAAAUAUUUUCAAUAAAAUAUUUUAAAACAAAAGUGUCAAAAAUAUUGCAAAGAAAGACUAAAACUGCAGCGGUUUUGCAGUAAAAAAUUUAGUUAAAGAAAACUUUUUAAAAAAAUCAAAUUGAAGCAGACAAAAUGUUCGCAAACUCAUAUUUUAUUAAAUUGCUAACGCGACAAUGCACAACCAACGAUCUGCAACACCUGUUGCUCGUCUUCUUCACAGUGCUGACAGUGAUCUGCUUUCUGCAAAGGCUCUUGAACGCCUAUCGGGAGCUGCGCAAGUUACCACCGGGUCCAUGGGGUUUUCCUGUUAUCGGCUACCUCUUCUUCAUGGGCAACGAGAAGCACACACGCUUCAUGGAGUUGGCCAAGCAAUAUGGCUCGCUUUUCUCCACGCGUCUGGGCAAUCAAUUGACCGUAGUGAUGAGUGAUUAUAAAAUGAUACGUGAAUGCUUCAGGCGUGAGGAGUUCACCGGCAGGCCGGACACGCCGUUUAUGCAAACCCUGAAUGGAUUUGGUAUCAUCAAUAGCACCGGAAAAUUGUGGAAGGACCAGCGUCGUUUUCUGCACGAAAAACUACGUCAAUUCGGUAUGACUUAUAUGGGAAACGGAAAGCAUGUCAUGGAGAAGCGUAUUAUGACCGAAGUACACGAAUACAUACACAAUUUACGCGUCUCCGAUGGUCAACCCAUGGACAUGGCGCCCGCUAUCAGCGUAGCCGUUAGCAAUGUUAUCUGUAAUAUUAUGAUGUCUGUACGUUUCUCCAUUGAUGAUCCAAAAUUUCGCCGUUUCAAUUUUCUCAUCGAAGAGGGUAUGCGCUUGUUUGGAGAAAUACACACUGUCGAUUACAUACCCACCGUUCAGUACUUCCCCUCGAUUUUGACUGCCAAGACGAAAAUCGCCAAGAAUCGCGAGGAAAUGCAGCGUUUUUAUCGUGACGUCAUCGAUGAACACAAAAAGACCUAUGAUCCCACGAAUAUACGCGAUUUAGUCGAUUUCUAUUUGGCUGAAAUUGAGAAGGCGAAGGACGAGGGACGCGAUGAGGAACUGUUCGAUGGAAAAAAUCAUGAGGAACAAAUUGUUCAAGUCAUCAUCGAUCUUUUCUCCGCGGGCAUGGAGACAAUCAAAACUACUUUGCUCUGGAUCAAUGUAUUUAUGCUGCGCAACCCCGAAGCGAUGCGACGCGUACAAGAAGAACUCGAUCAGGUGGUCGGACGUCAUCGUUUGCCUUCGAUUGAGGAUUUGCAAUUUUUACCAGUGACCGAAUCGACAAUUUUGGAAUCGAUGCGUCGCUCUUCGAUCGUGCCGCUCGCGACCACACACUCGCCAACAAGAGAUGUUGAAUUGAACGGUUACAAAAUCCCCGCCGGCUCUCAUGUCAUACCGCUUAUCAACAGCGUACAUAUGGACCCCAAUUUGUGGGAGAAACCCGAAGAAUUCAACCCACGUCGUUUCCUCGAUUCCGAAGGCAAAGUGCGCAAACCCGAAUAUUUUAUACCCUUCGGUGUGGGUCGACGCAUGUGUUUGGGUGAUGUGUUGGCGCGUAUGGAACUGUUUCUCUUCUUCGCCUCGUUCAUGCACAGCUUCGAAAUUACGCUGCCCGAAGGACAACCAUUGCCCAGUUUGAAGGGUAAUGUUGGCGCCACCAUUACACCGGAAACUUUCAAAGUAUGUCUAACGCCGCGGCCGCUCACGCUGAAAACUGAUGCAAUGAAACCACCAGCUGAUGUACAAGACGCACGCACGUUGUAAGUGUUGAAAAAAUCAAAUGUCAAAAUGUUUGACAUGCGCGCCUAUAACUAAGUGGCAGAGAGAGAGAGAGAGAGAGAUGUGAGAGUGGCACUAGUGUAUGCUACAGGCCACUACAUGCGAUUGAAUAGCGUAUGCGCUAAGUAGUGCGCGCACAACAGCGCGCGUAUGCUAACGAGCGCGCAAGUGAGAGUGAAAGAGAGCGGUAGUGAAGUUAAGACAGCGCGCGUGUGCGCUCAUGCGCUAUGUUGCAAGUAUUUAUGCGCACACAUUUGCAGGCGUUCGGAGUGCCAGAGCACGGUUUUGUUCCUAAUUGACGAUUUCGAAUUGUCGAUAAAACAAACAACAAAAUAUUUAGUAUAUAUAUUUUUUUAAAUGACAACAACAAAUAAGCUACAAGAUUUAUAAAUUUUGCUAUAUUUUAUAUAUAGUUAUUUAAAUAGUUAAUAUAUGCAUUUGUUGCAUAUAAGCAGAUGGAGAGAGAGCAGAAAAAUGAAGAAUGAAGUAAAUGUAUUUUUCUAGUUUUUAAAGCGCAAAAGUAGAAAGCGAGUAAGUAUGAGAAAAGUAGCUUAAACUAAGCUGUCUUUUUUGAUGCACACAAGACAAUAUCUAUUUGUUUUAUAGUAUUUUUAUAUAAAAAUUUCAACAAUAAACCAUAUAAGUUGAGUACAUAUAAAGCGAAUAUAAUACAAUAUUUCACAGAUAAAUGAGAAAAGCUUUAUUAAAGCUGCUGCUUUAAAAUGCACUGGGCAAUUUUGCAUAUUUUUUGCAUUUGCGCUGAGUUUAUUUACCCGUGAAACACUGUAUUACCGUUGCAAGUGCUUGUAAGCAUAGUUAGUUACAGUUAGCGCUUAUUUACAGUUACUUGCGCAGCUGUUUAUGUUGCUGUUGUGUUCGCACAAACAGCUGUUACCAAAUAACGGUAAAAAUGCGCUUCUACAUAUAAUAUAUUUAUUAGUUUAAACGCUACACCAGCCUAGUAAGCAAGCAACCAACAAAUAAUUGUCAACAAGUUCUAUUCUAGCACCCCCAAGAAGCUGUGUUCAGUAGUUUUAUGCAUUUAUAUUUUUUUUUUGUGUAUAAAUUAUUAAUGAAUAUGUACAACGCAUAACUACAUACAUACAUACGUUAAUUCAUAAGCGAAACAUUUAGUUUUAAGAAAUCAUCAGCUUAAGUUUAAAACAACUGUGGUUUAGUUUUAUACUCCAUUUAAUUAAAUGUAACGAAUAUAUCCAAAUAGUUUUUGUAGCAUAAUUUUAAGCGCACAAUACAUGCGUGUGCAAAAUGUGUGCACCUAUAGGAAAUAUAUAGUAAAUAAAUAAAAUAAAUUUACCUAAAACUAUUUUUUCACAUCACAAA